AUGAGUGGGCACGUGGGGGACCUGAGUCCGUCCCAGGAGAGGGUGCUCAGCCAGUUCCGAGAGAACAUCUGGGAUGUGCUGCCUACCCUGCCCAAUCCUGACGACGCCUUCCUCCUGCGCUGGCUCCGAGCUCGGAGCUUCGACCUGCAGAAAUCCGAGGACAUGCUGCGGAAGCACAUGGAGUUCCGGAAGCAACAGGACCUGGACCACAUCCUCGAGUGGCAGCCGCCCCAGGUGGUCCAGCUCUACACGGCCAGCAGCAUAUGUGGCCACGACAGUGAGGGCAGCCCCGUGUGGCUGCACAUCAUCAGAGACUUCGACCUCAGGGGCCUGCUCCUGUCCGUCUCCAAGCAGCAACUGCUCAGGGAGAGGUUUCGCAACUGUGAGCUGCUCCUGCAGGACUGUGAGGUGCAGAGUCGGAAGCUGGGGAAGAAGGUGGAGCGAGUUACAACCGUGUUUGAUAUGGAGGGGCUAGGGCUGAAGCACCUGUGGAAGCCGGGAGUGGAGUUCGCACAGGAGUUUCUCUCCGCACUCGAGGCGAAUUACCCUGAGCUUUUGAAGCGUGUCAUUAUAGUCAAAGCCCCCAAGCUGUUCCCCGUGGCAUUCAACCUGGUCAAGGCGUACUUGAGAGAGGAGACCCGCAAGAAGGUGGUGAUUCUGGGAGACAACUGGAAGCAGGAGCUGCACAAGUUCAUCAGCCCCGACCAGCUGCCCGCGGUGUUUGGGGGGACCAUGACCGACCCCGACGGCAACCCCAAGUGCCUGACCAAGAUCAAGUACGGGGGCGAGGUGCCCAAGAGCUACUACAGGCGCCAGCAGGUGAGGCUGCAGUACGAGCACACGGUGUCCGUGGGCCGCGGCUCCUCCCAGCAGGUGGAGAACGAGAUCCUCUCGCCAGGCUGUGUGCUGAGGUGGCAGUUUGCAUCGGACGGCGGGGACAUCGGCUUCGGGGUCUUCCUCAAGACCAAGAUGGGGGAGCGGCAGCGGGCAGGGGAGAUGACGGCGGUGCUGCCCAGCCAGCGCUACAAUGCCCACCUGGUGCCCGAGGACGGGAGCCUCACCUGUGCGGAGGCCGGCGUGUACGUCCUGAGGUUUGACAACACCUUCAGCCUGGUUCACUCGAAACACGUCAGCUACACCGUGGAGGUGCUGCUCCCAGACCAAACGCUCCUGGAGAAGACGGAGGAACAUUCUAGGUGAACCCUGCGGCCUCCACAGCUCUCCAGGGGCCACAUCUCUCCCUGGGGAC